AUGGCACAGGAACCGGACCUCUCCCACAGCAUUACCAUGCAUCCUCAUCCAUUCCAUCACCAUCCAAAUCAGCCAGAGCGCUUGAUAUCUUCACCUCAUACCCCAAUUCCACAGAAUACUUCAAGGGACCCUGGUGCCAGCACAGCCUUCGAGGCCAUAACGCCAACAGCGGAGCAGAACGAUCCCAUCGCAAGACAUAUCUCGAGCGCACCGAACGAUCUAGAAGACCAGAGGCCACCUCGAUACACGCGCGAGAACGAUCCCUACCAGCUAUCGUCAGCUUUCAAGAAUGACAGCGAGAUCCGCGAUAUUGCGGCUAACACGUCGCGGAAACGAGACGGAUGUGGUCCUAUCAAGUUCAACAAUGACGCGUCCAAGGCACGGAAGAUACAGAAGUUCUACGAGAAUCAGAAUGAGAAUAUAGAGCGCAUGCUCAAACCUGUAGAAGCCCACAAGGAGGAAGCGAAGCAGGAAGCUGGAGACGACCAUCUCAAAUUCCAGAUUGCCGUUUAUGGAUCGUUUGCGGCGAAUGUUGUGCUCGCUGGGCUUCAACUAUACGGUGCCGUUUCAUCUGGAUCGCUGUCUCUGUUUACGACUAUGGCGGAUUCUGUAUUUGAUCCUCUAUCGAACAUCACUUUGAUCGUCACAAACCGUGCCGUUAAGCGUGUGGACCCAAAUCGGUUCCCCUCUGGUAAAGCACGCCUCGAGACCGUUGGAAAUAUCGUUUUCUGCUUCCUCAUGACAGCUGUGUCCUUCAUCCUGAUCGCCUUCUCCAUCCGCGCCUUGGUAGAUGGGAAUGAGGAAGAGACUAACUCAUUUCACUUUCCCUCCGUCAUCGCAGUCACAAUAGCCUUCGCCACCAAAUUGGCUCUCUUUCUAUACUGUUGGGCAUUGAAGGACAAGUACUCUCAAAUCAAAAUCCUCUGGAGCGACCAUCGUAACGACCUGCUCGUCAACGGUUUUGGUAUUCUAACGUCUGUUGGAGGGUCUAAGCUAAAGUGGUGGGUCGACCCUAUGGGAGCGAUCAUUAUCUCAGUCAUCAUUACAGUCAUUUGGCUACGUACCGCAUUCAGCGAGUUCCUCCUCCUGGUCGGCGUUACUGCUGGUGUUGAAAUCCAGCAACUCAUCACUUAUGUCUGCCUCACGCACUCCCCUACCAUCCAGGGCAUUGAUACAGUGCGCGUGUAUCAUUCGGGCCCGAGGCUGAUCGCUGAGGUCGAUGUGGUCAUGAAUCCGGAAGCUAGUCUUAGAGACACCCAUGAUGUUGCCGAGGAGCUGCAAAUCAAGCUGGAAAGCUUGCCGGAUGUGGAGAGAGCGUAUGUCCAUGUCGAUUAUGAAACUACGCAUAAGCCCGAGCAUGCUUAUAAGAAGGAUCUUUAA